UAAAUCAAUUAACUCUGCGGCAGUGAAAAGCACAAUUACUCUUUAACUUAUUUGUUAUACUGUCAACAAAUUGUAAACACCAGUAUAAAAAUGAAUUUUCUACAUUUCUAUACUUUGCUGUUUACUUUAUUAGUAAACUUGUUGUACUGCAUUUGUCAGGAGGAUAAACUAAAUGACUGGGUACAGUCCAACAACUGCCUCCCAAACGCGCCAGUGGACCUUGACUUCUGCACAUGCCAGUGUUCCGACGUAACUGCUGCUCUUCGCUCUUCGCCGGACUUACAGUUGGAGGUCUCACGGAGGCUUCAACAUAGGCGAAGGAAUAGGAGGAGAACUACAACUACCACAACUACCACAACUACUACAACUGACCCAACUAUUAUAAAGCCCUACACCCCAGGCAUCUUAAAGUGCUGGGAGACCUGCGUUGACACUCUAAUUUAG